AUGGCUAACAUCUCCAAGCACAUAGAGAAGGCUCGGCAACAGCAACAGGAAAUUCUAGACGAGUUGAUAACCGCUUGUACACAGCAUCAAAAGGAGACUCCACCCGAGAUGGAAACCGUUGGUUUGCAGCUGCAACAGGAGACUCCACCCGAGUUUGAAAUUGGCUGUAUACGCCUGCAACAGGGAAUUACCCCUGAGUUUGAAACUGUUAAUAAGCAGCAGCAACAGGAGACCCCAGCUGAGGGGGAAACCGUCGGUUCGCAGCAGCAAGAGGAGAUUCAAACCGAGCUGGAAACCCCCUGUAAGAUCUGCCAGGUUGUAAAAGACCAGCUCCAAACAGAUAUAACGCUGCUUGAGUUGAAGGUAAAUGAGCUCUUGGCCAAGGAUAACAUCUAUACAGAACAAGAGAAAGAGUUACAUGAAAUGCAUUGCCAGAGAAACGAGAUUCAGUUAAUGAAACUGGAUUUUGAGCAAACAAGGAUGCAGGCAACUAUCAGUGUAAGCAAUACAGGUUUUUCAGCCAUUGCUGAAAUUUCAAAGCAUUUGCCCGAAUUGAAAACCGCCUUUACGCAACAGCAGAAGGAGAAUCCAGCUGAGUGGAAAACCGCCUGCAGGGUUUGUCAGGAUGAAAAACACACGGUCCAAUCAUCCAUAAUCUUGCUUCUGUUGGCGUUAAAUAAUCUCUUUCCUGAGGAGAACGUCUAUACAGAACAAGAGAAAGAGUUACAUGAAAUGAAUUGGCAGAGAGACGAGAUGCAGUUAAUGAAACUGGGACGCCAGAAACAAAGCCUGCAGAUACGUGUUAGAACACUCAAGAAAAAAGAUUUAGACAUGGCUAACAUCUCCAAGCACAUAGAGAAGGCUCGGGAACAGCAACAGGAAAUUCCAGCCGAGUUGAUAACCGCUUGUACACAGCAUCAAAAGGAGACUCCACCCGAGAUGGAAACCGUUGGUUCGCAGCUGCAACAGGAGCCUCCACCCGAGUUGGAAAUUGGCUGUAUACACCUGCAACAGGGAAUUCCUCCUGAGUUUGAAACUGUUAAUUCGCAGCUGCAACAGGAGAUUCCACCCGAGUUUGAAAUUGGCUGUAUACGCCUGCAACAGGGAAUUACCCCUGAGUUUGAAACUGUUAAUAAGCAGCAGCAACAGGAGACUCCACCCGAGUUGGAAAUUGGCUGUAUACGCCUGCAACAGGGAAUUACCCCUGAGUUUGAAACUGUUAAUUCGCAGCUGCAACAGGAGACUCCACCCGAGUUGGAAGAUUCUUGUAUACAGCAGCAACAGGAGACUCCUGCGUCUGAAUCCUGGGGUUCCUUUGUUAAACGGGGACUGAAAAUAGCUGUGCCUGUAGCCAUUACUGCAGGUGUCCUCAUUGCUGUAACCAUCAUGGUCACUAAAUUAUGGAGUUGA